GAACUAGAUUACAUGUAUCCUUCACAAUCAUACCUACCCCCACCCCCCAGAUAUUACGAUGAACCGAGUUCAGUAUUAUACAGAAGAUCUCCGAGUAGGAGUAUAGAUCGAAGUUAUGACAGGAGUGUAGAGGAGUUUAUCAGGAGAACUAGCAGAAGGUCUAUGGAUCGGAGUAGGGAGAGAUACAGAAGUAGGAGUAGAGAUAGGAGCCGGAGUAGGGAUAGGUUGAGAGAUGGUCGUCGAUACCGUCGAUAGACGAGACUUUGUGAUCUCGACACCCCGGCAUAUUCCUUCAGACACGGUGGCGACACUAGCGAUAAUAUGUAUUGUAGCGGCCAUUUUCUGUACUUAUCUCAUAUGUGUUCAAAUAUACAAUUUGUUGUUCCGUAAAAAA